AUGCAGCUGGGGCAUGGUGAGGAGCGCAGGCUGCUAAGCGAGACUUGCUGCAGUGAUGCCGACGAAGAAAAGCCACUUGAGUGGCUGGAACUGCUUUCGGCAUCAAAUACUGGUGAAAAGGAGAGGAUCAAAGCCAGAACGUGGACACGAAAAUGCCGCUAUUUGCAAGCUGGAGCGCAGCAGUAUCAUGUGCAAAUGUGCCGUGGGCAACUGAAAGAAGCUGUGAAUAAGCUUAUGGAUGACAUUGAAAAGUUUGAAGAUCUCCUGAAAGGCCUCGAGACAGGCGUGGAGGACAGCAAGCACGUCGACUGGGACAAAGUCGGCAUUGACACGAAGCAUGCGAUCCUGGAAAGGCUGCAAACAUUGCAAGCCUUGUCGGAACAGGACGCAAGCCUCGACCGAGGGAGGGCUCAUGAGAACGAGCCCACUCAUCGAGUCGAACGAUUUACUCAGGUCGCUGAUUGCAUCGAGGACAGAACUUGGUGUAAGGACCGGGCAAGAAAGCUGCUUCCAGACGGGGCAUGCUAUGAACUCUGGGUGAGAAUGCUCAAUGCAUUGACGCCAACGGAGUUUGUGCGAAAAGUCACCGUCCUGAGCAUGGAGGAAGGCCAGGAGACCUUGCUGUCCUUUAUCCAUGGCCUUAGCUUGGAGCUGCCAUAUCUGAGCGCUUUCUGGGCGUUGAAAGACGGUCCUGACGGCAAAGGCGAUCGCAUGACAGACUGGGCUACGGACGCCGCGAUGUGGCAGUGGAAGCGUGGGUCGACCAGAGGAUUCCACAUCAUCGGGCAUGGGCAUGCAGACAUCUAUCGGACACCAAUGCAGGGACUGCAGGAGAAAACCAAGCAACUCCUGGAGUUUGAAGAGCGGGAUUGUUGGAUCAGCGGCCAGACACUUUCCAGCAAAACGACAUUCUGCAUUACUCCCACAGUUCGGCUUCUGGACGAUGACAUUUCCAACAAUGAUUUGGGAUUGAUCUUGAAGGCGCUAGUCGACACGGGACCCUUUAGCUAUAGCUUCGUCACACCCGUGGGGAGAGCUGUGUUGGAGCUGGCAAGCGACAGGACUUGGUACGUCAGAAGACUGCAUGCUUUCAAAGACAUAUCUUAUGUUGUGAUGCUGAUGUUCAUGGGCCAUGCUCGCCGGCAGGGGCGGACUUGCGACACCUGGGUCAUCAUGGCUUUUAUUGGACUGGCAAUCUUGGUGGCCUUCAACUUCUUUGCCAAACUCUUCGUUGAGAGCAUCCUCAUCACCAAGGCGGAUGCAGGCGGCUUCUGGCGGUAUUUCGACCUCAGAGCUGCCCUCGUGAAGCAUGCGACCACCUGGAACGGCCUGGUGGUUUGCUCUGAGAUAUAUUCUGUCUAUGUCACGAUGAGGUUCGUCAGAUUCUGGUGGCACUUGGACGUCUCCACCGAUCCACAACAGUACUGGGACUUCUUCGAAAAUGAUCCUUCCGCACUUUCCAGCCUCGUCCUCAUUCGCUGGACAAUUCUUUCCACGAAUUUCCUGCAGAUCGAGCAGGUGGGCAGCAACAUGGUCCCGGUUGUGCUCGCGGUUUGCCAGCCCGCCUCCAUAUUUUUCCUGCUUUUCCUCGGCUUCAUGAUCACUGCUGCUUUCCAUGCCUACUACGUCUUCCCUAUCCAAGAGAACGUCGGCGGAAGUGGAGUGCUGGAUGCCGACUACCUAAACCAUGUCCUCACUACUUUCCUGAAGGUCUUCCGCCUGGCCGUGCUGGGCGACUUCGAUUUGAAUGAGCUCGAGGGGAUCAACGAGCACAUCGAGGCUAAGAUCGUCGGCACGGACGAGAUCAAGGGGAAGGUGGAAGUGCCCGAGGAAGAAUACUCCUCGAAGUACCACAGGACCAUCCGAUACGAGUUCGUGGUUCUGAGCUUGGUGAUCACAGUCGUGGUCAUGAAUGUCUACAUUGGUCUCCUGGGCGAGUUGUAUGAGAAGGCGGAACGAAGGUGCCGCCAGCUCUACAACAACUACCGAGCCUCGUGUGCCUAUCGCCAUAUCUGCGAGCAUUACGCCUUCGUGGAG